GAUGACGUUGUCACGCAAGGACAUAGCGAAGCAGAUGUCAUGUCCAAAUUUCGAGACCUUCUGCGCCAGGCUCGUACUGAAUUUGGAGAUGUGGACAUCAACCUCCUUUUAUCAGAUAAUGUCAACGACCCUGUCCCAUUGCAGGACUUCAAUAUUUCUAGCCCCGGCUACAUGAUCGAUCUAUUUGGAGUAUUCAUUGACGUAAACUUAUAUGGUCUGAAAAACUUUCGAGUGAAUAAGAUAGCUCUCAAUCUUGCCAAGAUGAACCUUUCCGCCGAGAUGUCAGUACCACUUUUAAGUCUCAUGGGCCAGUAUCGUCUGAGCGGGAGCUUCUUUUUUAUGACAGCAUCUGGCGAAGGGCCAUUCUGGAUGAACAUGUCCUCUAUAGUGCUCAGAGCACAUGCUCCAAUCGAAACAACACAAGAGGGCAAGCUGGGCGUGGGAGACAUUAAGCUAGAUUCUGACGUGGGAGAACUUAAUGUCAAUUUUGAAAACCUAAUGGGCGGUGAUAAGGCGAGUAGCAUCUACAACAGCCUUUUGAACAUGAUGGGUGAACUAAUUUUGGAUGAGCUGAAACCUUCACUUUUGUCAGAACUAAGUUCAUAUCUGAAAUACGAGUUGAACAAUGCUUUACUUGAGAUACCAUCAGGAUUCAUGGAUCCCAGUUCCACCAACGUCGUAGACAGCAUUCUCAAAAAGUCUGCCGAAUUCAUGGGGCAAAACGAUCUGGAACCUUUCCGUUUGCCACAAUACAAGGAGGUCUACGAGAGGAAUAUUUUAUUCGUCACAACACGCGGGGAGUUGAAACUCUUCAAUGGAACACUGCACGGCUUGUCUACCUUGUCCAGGAAAGGGGACGUUAUCACGGCGUUGGCCAACAGUUCUCUCGUCUUCGAGGCUGAGUUCGAGUUCAAGAACUUGACUGGGGGUUAUACGUGGCACGCUGAGCUUCUCGGGGCAGGUAUGCAAGGUCAGGUCAUGAUACAAGUGAAAUCAGUGCACGGAUUCGUUAAGCUGAAACAAGAAAUGAAAGUUGGAAGGAAACUGGAACUCGAUGACUUACACGUUCAUGCCAUUCGCCAUGUUUGGUUAGAUUUGCAAGGCUUAGGCACAUGGGACUACGUCAUGGAGUCCAUUGUGAACUUGGUGACCAAUGGCUUGAAGCUGCAACUCGCGGAUGCGUUGGUUGAACCCGUAAAACAAAGUAUACAGGAACAGCUUGAUCAACUUGAUAUUGGAAUUUAAUCUAAAGUAAUGCAAGUGUCAUGUUUCAUACAGUUAAAAGAGUGCGGAAAAGGAUAGAAAAGAUUGUUACUUUGCAAUGGAUCCGUAGCAGAGGUUUAUGUUCCAGUCAUUCAUAUGUUUCUACAUUUGAUUAAAAUCCAGAAGCAAAACUGUUAAUCUUAGCAGAGUGGCUAUAUUUUCUCUGUAGUCUGGAAUGCAUAUGUUAUUGCAGAAAUCUGCAGUGUAUUAAUAUUAAAUGUACGAUAAUUUUUAUACAUUCAGAAUAAUUAUUUUUGAACAUUUUUUUAAACAAAUUAAAGGUAUAUAUAUAUUU